GAUGAUCUCCAUCACAAAAUUGGUAUGAAGUCUGAUUUGAGUGCCAGAAACCUAGAACUGUCCUAGAUGAAGUUUGAAGUGCAUGGGUAAAGUUGGGAGGAGAUUCAAGACUAGAUUAGCAGUAAUGCUGAUGAUCAGGAUUAACAUGCAUUGGCAGUGAAGAGAGCAUGGUGUAUGAAGAGAUGUUACAGUCCAGAAGUGGGUGCUACGAGAAAGAUAUGCUGAAUGACAAUCCUAUUAUUAUUUUUAUAACUGCUCUGCUGUGACUGCUUAUACAGAUCUGUCAAUGUGCAUGGCUUCAUACAGACAGAAGAUUUCAUAUAUGAUUUUCAAAAAUACACAAACAUUGGAUCUUAAAUCCCCUUCUCAAAAUUUUAAGUAAAUCACUCUGUGAAAGUCAGGGGGCUUUAGGUUUCUCCACUACACACUUGGUUUUGAUCAUUUUACUCCUGGUCUCUGAAUAUCAUAAAGUCUGAACUGGGAAGUGAAAAUAACAAGCAAGAUAAUAUGAGCAAGCAAAACUUUGCAGGAAAAAAGGGAAGGGAUUAAAUUAUCAAAAGAUCAUGUGAUUCAGGUUGCUUUACAGACCCAGAUCAUCAGUUCUUUCAUGCGUCAUUUGGAAAGACCAGUCUGGGCAGCAGAGAACGGGAAGCCAGCAACAGCAACUUAGCAGAUAUAGCAAACCUUGGGAAAUGUUUUUGGAGUGGAAGAGUUUGGGGGAGGAAGACUGCCCUACUUACAGAAGACAGCAUAACCAAGAAAGCCCAGAGGAAGAAAAAAGGGAAGGCAGCAACACAGUGAGAGUGAUGUUUCGUGUGAUUGCUUUGGAUAGCCAGUUCAGACCUGUUCAGGAGACAUAUCCCCGGAUCAUCAUUGAGGAUCCGGAGCAAAACCAGAUCUUCCAGUGGUUGGAGGUAGCAUCUAAGCAUGGCAUUGUCCACCUCUCCUUCCCAUUAAUCCAGGAGCCAAUUCUGGGGUCCUAUCACAUCAUUGUGGAGAAGUCGUCAGGUGAAAAGGAGUACCACUCUUUCACCGUGGAGGAAUAUGUGUUGCCAAAGUUCGAAGUGAUAACCAGUGUGCCAAAGAGGAUCUCUUUCUUCGAUGAAGAAUUGAGGGUGAACGUUUGUGCCUUGUACACUUAUGGCCAGCCUGUGCAAGGGAAUGUCCAGAUCAGUGUGUGUCAGCGGCACUUUUAUAGUGCACGAUGUGAGCAAAACCAGAAAGAAAUCUGUAAGACUGUCACUUCACUGUUGGGCAGAGAUGGCUGCCUCAGCAGUGUCAUCUCCACCGAAACCUUCCAUCUCUACCGCAGCUAUGCCAGCAUGUUUGCUGGCCUCAGCGUAGAAACUACUGUCACUGAAAAUGGGACAGGUAUUCACAUGAAAGAUUCUGACUAUGUCCCAGUUGUCCAAGAAAAUGACAGAGUGAUGUUCAAGAACAUGGAUCGCUACUACAAGAGGGGAAUUCCUUACUUUGGUCAGGUCACUGUGACAAACGUGGAUGGCAUGCCCAUUGCCAAUAGGAUUGUGCUGCUGGAGCUCAAUGAUGAAUAUAUUGCAAACUAUACCACAGACAAGAACGGCACUGCUGCCUUUUCCAUCGACACCUCCAACUUCUUUGAUCCCAGUUUUAAGCUGAGAGCCAGGCAGACACCAGAUGGCUGUGUAGACUUUCUUGUGUGGACAAACCAUGAUGAGCCCCACGCCUUAUUCUCUGUCCGGCGUUUCUACUCACGGACUAACAGCUUUGUGAGGAUUGAGCCAGUGCAGGAGAAGCUAAGCUGUGGCCAGCAGAGAAUGAUCAAUGUUCUCUAUGUCCUGAAUGAAGAGGGGUAUGGGAACGCCAUGCGCACAAACUUCUAUUAUGUGGUGAUGACAAAAGGAAAAAUUGUUCUCAGUGGGCAGCAGCAAGUCACCAUUUCUGGUGCUCCCAGAGGCACAUUCUCCAUCCCACUGACUGUCACUGAGAAGCUUGCCCCCAGUGCCAGACUGCUGCUCUACACAGUGCAUCCUCAUGGGGAGAUAGUGGCUGACAGCUCUUGGAUACGCAGCGAUAUAUGCUUCAAGAACAAGCUCCAACUCCAGUUCUCUGAGAAGGAGGGUCUCCCAGGCUCUAAUGUCAGCCUCCAUCUUGAAGCUGCUGCCAACUCCUACUGUGCCCUGAGAGCUGUAGAUAAGAACAUCCUUCUCCUUCAGCCUGAACGAGAGUUCUCUCCUGAGACUGUGUACUACCACCUUCCUGUGAGUGAUUUCUAUGGCUACUACUACAAUGGGCUCAACCUGGAAGAUGGCAAACCAGAGCAGUGUACGCCAAUCAAAACAACCUUUUUUGAUGGCUUGUAUUAUGAACCUGUGAAUGUCAGCCAUGAUGGUGAUGUCUACAGGAUUUUCAGGGAUAUGGGCCUAAAAGUUUUCACCAACACUGUGUUACGGAAACCAGUUCUGUGCCAAGCAGACAAAUCAGAUCUGGAAGAUGACCGUGUCUAUGCUGAUGAUAUGUCUAAGCUUGGUGAUGGCGGUGGUGGUGGCUAUGGCACAGAUGAGGGAAGAAUUACUAGUGGUGGCCCUGUUAACAGUGUUCGGAAAUUUUUCCCUGAGACCUGGAUUUGGGAUCUGGUUCACACUGAUUCCAAUGGAGAGGCCAAUGCCUUUUUCACCAUUCCUGACACUAUCACAGAAUGGAAAGCCAGUGCUUUCUGCUUGCAGGAUGACGCUGGGUUUGGCAUGUCUUCAACUGUUUCGCUGACAGCAUUCCAACCAUUCUUUGUUGAUCUCACCUUGCCCUACUCUAUAAUUCGAGGGGAAAAGUUUGAUUUAAUAGCCAAUGUCUUCAACUACCUUGACAAAUGCAUCCAGAUCAUUGCUAUACUGGCAGAGUCAAGUGACUACAAGACAGAAGUCCUUUCACCAGUGGAAAACACAGCAAGGGUGUGUGCUAAUGAAAGAAAAACCUAUAUCUGGGCUGUUAGCCCCCACAGACUUGGUGAGGUGAAAUUCACAAUUACUGUUGAGGCGAAACUGAAUGCCAGAGCUGCUGGAAACAGCACAUUCCCAGAAGAGGAAACAAUUCACAGUGACACCCUGAUUCAAAGCCUACUAGUUGAGCCUGAAGGUAUUAAAAAAGAAUUGACUCGGAGCUCCCUCAUCUGUACAAAAGGUAAAAUAUUUUCUGAACCAGUGGCUCUCAAGCUGCCAGCAAAUGUGGUGCAGGGAUCAGCCAGAGCUUAUUUUUCCGUUAUCGGGGACAUUUUGGGCACAGCCCUGAGGAACAUGGAGAACCUGCUCCAUAUGCCAUAUGGCUGUGGAGAACAGAACAUGGCCUUGUUCACACCCAACAUCUAUGCCCUGGAUUAUCUAAAUAAAACUGGGCAGCUAACUGAAGAGAUUAGAGCCAAAGGUACUGGAUAUUUGUCCAGAGGGUACCAAAAACAGCUAUCCUACAAACACCAAGAUGGAUCCUACAGCUCGUUUGGGAAAAGAGAUAGGGAAGGGAGCAUAUGGCUCACUGCCUUUGUAUACAAGUCAUUUGCACAAGCCAAACGCUACAUCUACAUUGACAACACCAUCCAGUCUCAAACCUUGAUCUGGCUGGCAAGCAAGCAGAAGUCUGGUGGCUGCUUUGAAAGUGCUGGGUCCCAUUUCAACAAUGCUUUCAAGGGUGGUAAAGAAGGUGAAUACUCACUAACAGCCUAUGUUGUGGCAGCCUUGCUGGAGGCUGGACACCCUGUUGUGCAUCCUGUGGUUCAGAAUGGCAUGAACUGUUUGGAGACUGCAUUUAACAAAAGGGUACACAACAUUUAUACCCAGGCCCUUCUUGCCUAUGCUUAUGGCUUAGCCGACAAAGAGAAAAGACAGAAAUUCUUUCUUGAGAAGCUCGACAAAACAGCUACCAGAGUUGGUGGUUCAGUUCACUGGGAGAGAGAAAACAAGCCACCAGCAGAACAUUUCCCUGUCUUCUAUUCCCGUGCUCCUUCUGCUGAGAUUGAAAUGACCAGCUAUGUGCUGCUGGCUCUGCUCAACAAAACCAAACUCACUCCAGAAGAGUUAUCAUACGCUUACAGCAUCGUGCACUGGCUUGUCAAACAACAGAAUCCCUAUGGUGGUUUUUCCUCCAGCCAGGAUACUGUUGUUGCUCUGCAAGCUUUGGCUCAGUAUGGGUACCUCACCUUCUCUAAGAAAAGUCUUAACACAAUUAAAGCCAGCUUCAUGCAGCUCCCAAGUAAGGUUUUCCAGGUGAAUGACAAGAAUCGCUUCUUACUGCAACAGGCUUCCUUGCCCACUAUCCCAGGGCAUUACAGUGUGGAAGUGAAUGGCACUGGCUGUGUCUAUCUGCAGACAACUCUGAGAUACAACGUCCAUCUACCCAAAAAGGUUGCAGGAUUUUCUCUCUCUGUACAGCCAGCCAAUGUAUCCUGCACGAGCAACUUCCCACCAAAGUUUGACCUUGUCCUCUCCGCCAGCUACACAGGAAAUCGCAAUGUCUCCAACAUGGCCAUUAUUGAUGUGAAGAUGCUCUCAGGUUUUGUUCCCAUCAGAUCUUCCCUGAAAAAGUUUCAAUACCAUGAUUCUAUUGUGGAUCAAGUAGACAUCAGGAACGACCACAUCCUCUUCUACCUGCAGAAGGCCUUCCAGAAGGAAAUCAAUUUCUCCUUCAGUGUGGAGCAAAGCCUGCCUGUGUCAGAUAUCAGAGCAGCCUCUGUACAUAUUUAUGACUACUAUGAAACAGAUGAAUAUGCCCUUGCAGAAUACAAAACACCCUGCUCCCAGUCUUCCAACUGAUAUCAGAUACAUGUCAGAAGAGGUGAUAGAUCAGAAGGUAACAGGCAAGCAUUAGUGAGAGAACAAGAGGCCAAGAGAAAUGAUUGCUCCUUGGGAGGGCAAUGAAAAGCAUAUAGAAUAAUGAAGAAGAAUAAGUAAAUCCCAAAUUGCUGUAGAUUAGAAUGACCCAUUCCGGCCCACACUUCAAAAGAACUUGGGGUCAGUGUGGAUCAGAAAUUUCAAAUUAAGUACUUUUCCUAAUGAGGGAGAUAUUGUGCAAUUCCUAUCCAUAACCACCUAUCUUUUUGGAAACUCGUGACAUAUAUUUCAGUGGGAGAUUUUUGUAGGAGUAAAUUAUUGGAAUUAGUAAUUCUGGCAACACAUUUGUCUUAAGAAAUCUAAGAUUAGAGAAAGAUUACAGAAAAAUCUGUUGCUGCUGCUGUUUCUUCAGUGGAUUUAAAUUUUGGGGGUGUCUUUUCAUUUAUCCUGAUGGGAGAGUUCAAGGACGUGACUUCAAUACUCCCCCUUUUCAGUGAUUGAGCUUGGAGAGCACUGUUUAAAGAUGUGACUUCUAGUCAUAGGAAGACAACUUUUAUGUAAUUUUAGGAAGACAACUUUUACAUAAUUUUGGCCUCUCUUUACAAAGACAGCUUCUCUUCAGAACAGCGUCUCAUAUUUUGCUAUUCUUUGGAAUUAAAUCCUCUGAUUGUUAAA